UAUAAAUGUCAGAGUAGUCUCUGUGGCAAUACAUGAAAAUAAACCGGCAAAUACACCGGUUGCUAUAUAAAUAUAAUAACUAUUAACAAUGAUUGUGGUACUAAUAGGGUUAUUCUUAGUGAUUAGUUUUGUAGAUGGUGCUAAUUUAAGAGUAGAUCCGUUGGUGCUCAUCAAUCAAGGAUUGGUGCGAGGUCGCAGAGCCACGGAUGGAGACUAUUCAACAUUUUUGGGAGUGCCGUACGCUCGAGUAGAUAAUAAUAAUCCUUUUGGGGCGGCUGAAUCAAGUCCGAUCUUCGAAGAAAUAAUUUUCAACGCCUACGAUGGAUCCGCAAAAUGCCCUCAAUUAGAUAACUCGCAUAGCGAAUCGGAAACUGUAGAUUGCCUCAAACUAAAUCUCUUUGUCCCAACACGGGCAAGUUCCAGUGAUCCCUUGCCUGUUCUUGUAUACAUCCAUGGAGGUGAUUUUUCACAAGGAUAUGCUGGAGAAUAUGGGGUUAAGAAUUUAGUGAGACACGGAAUUAUAGUAGUCACCAUAAAUUAUCGACUGGGUCCUUACGGAUUUAUGUGCCUUGAUGUACCAACUGUAUCAGGAAAUCAAGGUUUGAAGGAUCAGCAACUGGCGCUGCAAUGGAUACGAACAAAUAUAAAUGCAUUUGGAGGAAAUCCUUAUAAUGUGACGUUAGCUGGCCAAGAUGCCGGUGCUGUAUCUGCGCUGCUGCACUUAUACGCCGAUAAACAAAAGUUAUACCACAAAGUUAUUAUUGAAAGUAGUACCCCACAGACUGAAGGAAUGUUUGUCGAUUCUGAUGUUAACGCUGCCAUCAAAUUGGCAGAGUAUUUGGGAGUAAAUACAAGUAGCUCUCAAGAAGCAUUAGAGUUUUUGAGCAGUGCUCCCCAUACUUUAGUAACAGGAGCAGCUAAAGAGCUAAACUUACAGCUGAAACCAUGCAAAGAAAGGUCAUUUAGCGGGGUCGAAAAUUUUGUUGAAACUGAUCCCUAUUCAUUGUCAAAUGAGAGGAAAAUUCGUAACACAGCCAUUUUGAUAGGUCAUACAAAUAAAGAACAAAUAUCAUUAGAUGAAUUUGGUGAUGAAUAUUAUGAAAGUGAUCCAUUUUAUUCUAAAAUUGCAAAUAAUUUUAAUCUCAAUGAAGAUACAUUAAGUGCGGUGUCACAAAGUAUUAGACAUUUCUACAUAGGUGAUAAAUCUAUAUCACCAGAGGUGGCGACGCAAUUAGAAGAUUUCGAAUCAGACUUUGUGUAUAAUCAUCCAAUCCAAAGAACAAUCAGCAAUUUGUUAAAAGAAAACGCUAAUCCUAUAUACGAAUAUAUGUUCAGCUAUGUAGGAAACUCUGGAGACGAAGGUGCAGGUCAUUCGGCGGAGUUGAAUUAUUUGUUUGAGAUGUCCGACAAUGUGCAAACGGAGGAAGACCAGCUAAUAUCAGACCGUAUUACCAAUUUAUGGGCAAACUUUGUUAAGCACGGCAAUCCUACUCCCGCAGGCACUAGUGUAGUGCCUGUGACGUGGACACCGGUAUCUUCCUCCACCAGGCCAUACUUGGUCAUCGAUUUGGAAAUGCGAAUGGAUAGUCGAGUUUUCAACGAGAGGAUGGCUUUCUGGGACCUGUUCUACGGCAGUUUUGGGCCGUACAACAAGCUGAUACGAGAGUGUAGCUUAUAUUAGUACUCUAAUGAAAUUCUUCGACGAAUUGAAAAUCUCUUCUAUUUGUUAAAAUCAUUUGAAAAAGUU